AUGCUCAAGACCACAAACAAGAUCUACAGCACGGCGGCCAUGACCAUCAUGCACUUUGACGACGUGACUCCCGGCAUGAUUGAGUCCUUGCUGCACGGCAAGACUGACGAGGAGGGCAUGGAGGGCAUGCUGGGCAUCUGCAAGGCACAGUGGCACAGCUGCGUAGACAUGCUGGAGAAGAUCUGGCUUGAGCAGGUGGCCAAGAACGGAUCGACGCACGACCUCGAGAGCCGAGUCAAGACUGGCGAUAACAUCAUGCCCUGGAGCCUCGGGACGCUGACGCGCUGCCGCAGCCCGCAGAAUUUCACGGAUUCUGCCCAGUGCAAUGCAUUGUCUGGGGGGGAUACCAUGGUUGAGUCUGCGCGGAACCUGGCGUCCCCCACUGUCGAGGGCUUUUUGUACGUGCUCGGUUCGCGUCAGUUCAUCCAGCCGAGGGAGAAGCUCCUCAAGUCCCCCGCCGAGCACGAUGGCAGGUACGAAAAGCUGGAACGCACCGUGGUGCACUACAUCUGGGCGACGUGCCAGACGUGCUGUGUCAAGUCCAUGGUAAACACGGUCGUGUACGUCAAGGCGCUGAUGGCGGCGGGCGCAUCGUCGGCCGCGCCAUCUGAGCCACGCCAGCGUGCGAGUCCCAAGGGCUAA